GUGAACUCACACUUCAUGUUGUGCGGAGGUGAGGAGUAAGCACGCGCUGUUGUACGAUAACACGGUCGUGCCUUUGCUGACAGGUAGUGGGACGGAUGGAGAGCGCCUACGAUGCGCACUCGACUCUUCGGAGCAGACUUGCAGAGCUCUCAGACCGACUGCAUCUGUCGAGAGGCGUUAGCCGCGCUGGAUUUGGAGCACACGUUGCCCGGCUAUUCGACUUGCCGUCUGCUGAUAUCGGUCACGCUGUAUUGCAUCACUCGCCUCUGCUUUGACCUGAUGAGGAGCUCUCAGCUCGCCUCGAGCAGUGUAGACGAGAGCAAAGGCGAUGGACCAGGCGCGGAGAGCGCUGCACUGCUGUUCGCCGUCCGAUUAAGAAUAGGCGUUAAACUCGGUAAAACCUCUACACGCGAGAGGGGCACAUUAGCCGCUGGGGCGUUCUUAUCGUGCCUCGCAGCUGGUCUGCCCAGUGAAAUCGACAGGCUCCUUGUCACUGCGUCGGAAGCAGAGGACGCACAGUCCUCAAAGGCUCGCAGAGCGAAACAACUAUUGAUCGCUGCCGGAGAGGUCUCGUCACUUUCGCGCCCGGUCAGCUCUUUCAAUCGCCCGUGUCGCCCGCGCUCUGCCCACGAGCUGCCAGCCGUCAUGGCACAGACCAAUGGCGUCCCCAAGCAGAAGCGGCUCGCCGUCUUGACAUCAGGUGGCGAUAGUGCAGGCAUGAAUGCAGCAGUACGAGCUGUCGUCAGGAUGGGAAUCGCAAAAGGUUGCCAAGUUUUUGUCGUUCGAGAGGGUUGGGAGGGUCUUGUGCGCGGCAACAGCUCACCCUCGCCCAACUCAUCUACCAACAAUCUCAGAGAGAGCGCUCAAUCGGACUUGCCCGCCAUCUCGUCCAGCAAACCUUCACCUGGCGUGGGAGGUGGACAGGGGUUUGUAGCUACGUAUGGCGAAGGCGAGUUGCUCAAGCACGGCGAGGGAGAAGUAGCGCUUGGCGGACGGUUCAUCAUCAAAGUAGGCUGGGACGACGUUCGAGGUUUCCUGGGGGAAGGCGGUACUUUGAUCGGCACGGCUCGUUCGGCAGCUUUCAGAGAAAGAGACGGCCGACGAAAAGCUGCCCUCAAUCUCGUCAGAGAAGGCAUCGAUGCUCUGGUGGUCUGUGGUGGUGACGGAUCGCUCACCGGAGCGGACAAGUUACGCGACGAGUGGCCUUCCUUCAUCAAAGAGCUCACCGAAUCGAAGGAGAUUACCGAAGAACAAGCGCAGACCUAUCAGCAUCUCAACAUCGUCGGUCUCGUCGGUUCCAUUGAUAACGACAUGGCUGGCGUCGAUUUGACAAUAGGCGCAUCAACGGCAUUGCAUCGGAUAUGCGAAGCAGUCGACUCCAUCUCAUCUACCGCCUCAUCGCAUUCCCGCGCGUUUGUCAUCGAGGUCAUGGGUCGACAUUGCGGCUGGCUCGCUUUGAUGGCCGGCAUCAGUGCUGGAGCAGACUACCUCUUCAUUCCAGAGCGACCUCCAAGCUCUGAUGACUGGGAGACCGAGAUGUGCGACACUUUGCAGAGGCAUCGCAAUCUUGGCAAGCGUAAGAAUAUCGUGAUCGUGGCAGAAGGUGCAAUCGACAAAAAUCUCAAUCCAAUCACCGCGAGCAAACUCAAGGAUAUCCUCACCGAUCGCCUCAAGCUCGACACUCGCGUCACGACGCUGGGUCACACGCAACGAGGCGGCAAGCCUUGCGCCUACGACCGUGUUCUUGCGACUCUGCAGGGAUGCGAAGCUAUCGAUGCUCUGCUUGCUUCCACGCCAGAUAUACCUAGUCCUAUCAUUGGCAUACAAGAAAACAAAAUCACGCGCACGCCGCUCGUUGAAGCAGUCGAAUUGACUCAGCAGGUCGCCAAAGCCAUCGAAGCAAAGGAUUUUGACAAAGCUAUGAGUUUGCGCGACCCAGAAUUUGAAGAAUGUCUCGAUGUCUUCAACUGCACGACGCGACUCGAUGACAAAUGGAAGCUGCCCGAGACUAAGCGUUUGCGAAUUGCAAUCAUGCAUAUUGGCGCACCGGCCAGCGGCAUGAAUGCAGCUACCUCUACGGCGGUCAGAACCUGCCUAGCUCGAGGUCAUACGCCCAUUACAGUCUACAACUCCUUCCUCGGUCUGCUCGAGGACAACAUCGCCACGCCGAGUUGGCUCCGCGUCGAUUCCUGGGUCACUCGAGGUGGCUCCGAAUUGGGUACUAAUCGCACCCUGCCAGAUGCAGACAAUGUCAAAGCCAUCGCUGCCAAAUUCAAGGAGCACAAACUCGACGCUUUGCUUCUCAUUGGCGGCUUCGAAGCUUUUGCUGCUUUGCGAUUCCUCGAAAGCGCACGCAAAGACAAUCCGGAGCUCAAGAUCCCUAUGGUGCAGCUCCCCGCUACUAUUUCUAACAAUGUGCCCGUGACGGAAUGGUCACUUGGCUCUGAUACCAGCGUCAACGUGCUUGUCGAGGCAUGCGAUGCAAUCAAGCAGAGCGCAACAGCCAGUCGCAACCGUGUCUUUGUCAUCGAGACACAAGGAGGCGAAUGUGGCUACAUCGCUACGCUUGGUGCUCUUGCUGCUGGCGGACUGGCCUGCUAUAUCCCAGAGAAAGGCAUGAGCUUGAAGAUGGUGCAAGAAGAUCUUGACUUCCUCAAGAGACGCUAUGAGUCUGAUGUCAAGGGGAAGAGCGAAGGUCGCCUGGUCAUCAAGUCCGAAAAAGCAUCAAAGACGUACACAACAGAAUUCCUCACCAAGAUACUUUCAGAAGAAGGGCAAAAAGUGUUUGAUGCGCGAAGCGUCCAGAUGGGCCACACGCUUCAAGGUGGCACGCCGACACCAAGAGAUCGAUCUCGCGCUGCUCGAUUAGCUUCUCGCUGCAUUCGCUUCAUCGAGUAUCAUGCCGCGGGCGUCGAAGGAAUGACAAGAAGACCAGACGAUCGAGAUAAGCACGACGUAGCUUUAGUAGCUAUCAAAGGCGGUCGAUUGCGAUUUGUGGGAAUGGAGGAUUUGGCGGCAGCUUCAGACCUCAAGAAACGAAGAGCGAAGGAUCCCUGGUGGCUGCGUAUCUACGAUCUCGUCGAGGUGCUCGCAGGCAAGCAGGACCUGUCCAAGUAAGGAGUCUGAAAAGUAGAUUGUAAACAUUAGGAAACGAUGCACUUUGGUCCGCACUAGUGUACACGCUUCAUCAGA